UGUGAAUGCACUGGGACGGUGAGCUGGAACUCGCCAUAUCUUUAACAGUGAUUUCAUAGCUCGUCUUGGAUCAGAAUGGAAGGGCGACACGACAGUUCACCCAUGCAGGCUUUCGAUAAGGACGUUUUGGAAAUGACUUGUGAAGAUGUUUAUGACAUUUCUUACGUGAUCGGCAGAGAUUUAUUAAAAGUCAACACAGGUAGCCGGGAAUUCUCGGAUUUACAGUUCAAAAUCGUCCGUGUGCUGGAAAUGUUUGAGAGUAUGGUGAACAAAUACAACCUGUCGCUGGAGGAGCUGAGGAUGGAACUGGAUAACAUGAAACGAGAAAUGGAAAGAGUUGUAGCAGAAGGUUCAAGUGGUAAUGAUAGCAAUACUGUUGGGCCAAACAAACUAGUCGUGGACUUAAAAGACCCAAACCGACCACGAUUCACCAUGCAGGAGUUAAAGGAAGUUCUGCAGGAGAGAAAUAACCUUAAAGCCCAGCUGUUGCUGGCCCAAGAGGAGCUACAGCUCUACAAGAGUGGGGUCCUGGGAUCAGAGCAGAAGAUGGUGGAAGUAAAUCUGGAGACUCUUCCUCAGUCAGAACCCGCACCCUCCAGUAUUACAGAGGAGCCCAAAGAGAAGAGCACCAUUCAGAAACUGUUUUCAUUUCGGCAAAAAUAGCUGCUCGGAUUUGUCACAAACUAAAACACAUUUGAGACGAGCAAAACCCCUUUUGAGAGGGUGAGGAGAGAUGGGAAGAAGUGAUCUCAUAGUUUUUUGUUUUUUUUUUAACAGCACUGACCCAUUUCUGGUUGGAAAUCCUUACUCCUACUCAGUGUUUUUAAUUGUGUAGAUUUUUAACUCUGGUUGUGACUGUUCUCAUUUCAUUUGUUGUUGAGUGUGAAGCCAAAUGUCUCUAAACAUCUCCAGUAGCUAAUGCAUUACAGACGGUACAGACCAUUCAUCCUUUACCACAGUAUACUUUACUGAAAUAUUAUAUGACAUUACUAGAAAGAAUUUUUAUGAAUUUUAAGAAAAAAAAAAUUGUCAUUUUAUGAAUAACACAAAACAAAAGCUUGUUUGAGAGCUUACUGAAUUAGAAACCCUCUUCAGUCUGUGUCUGUUGACAAGCUUUAGAAUGAAAACUAUCCAUAUGAUUUUGCACUUUCUUGUUCUAAUUUUAAUUAACACUAAGGGAACACUAGGGAUAGUUAAAAUUGAGGUACUAAAACAUGAAAAAGGCUGCUGUAGGUGUGUAGUGCACUGAAUCUUAUAUGAAGUGGUUAAUUGUGAGCCAUAUGAAUGUAAAAAUUCACUUUUAUUGGCUUGCAGUAUUAGCUGUAACUAAAGACUGGACAAAUUUUAUAACAGCUCAAGAGUUGAUUUUUUUCCUGCAGUACUAGGUAUUAAGAAAUGUUGUUCUGAAAACAUGGGCCUUGUACAUAAAUUACUGAGUUAACUGGAUUUAAUGUGGAGUUGCAUAACAUGCAUGAGAUUGAAUUAUUUAAAUACUUAAAAAAAAAAAUAGUAUAUUUGGCCCUCUUACAUAAGUAAGCUUUCAAAAUCAAGGAUCUCUAGUUUUCAACCAGCUAUUAUUCCUUUGCUUUUAUAAAGACUUGUAUUACUUGUUUGACAUGUGAAGAACUGUUUUAUAAAGGUUUUCUUGAGUACAACUUUUUUUUAAUCAAUCCGACUUCCGACCUGGUGUGUUUUUCCCCUAUGUGUUUAUAUUGAUGUUUCCUAUAUAAUGUUUUUAUAUUCGAAACACAAUAAAAAAAAUCUUUUUGUCACACAUCUUUUUUUGUA